AUGGUAGGAGAAAAAAAGACGGAUGAUACGACGUACAACCAGAUGUUCAAGUUUCCCCCAGAACGCAAACAGAAUAACAUCCAGGACCACGAGAUCGGCUAUGUCAUAGACACCCUCGUCGAGGAACUGACGGGAUCAUAUUACCAGAAUUUGAUGUUUUUGAUAACCCAAACGUCCUUCGCCGCUCCCAUGCGCAAGAAAUCUCUUUCUCUUAUCCACAUCCCCAUCCGAGAUGUCUCUGCAGAAUAUUACAGUGCCAUCUUGGCAGUCUUGGAGGAGGCCUAUCGUUUCAUUGACUAUGGCCAAUUUCUUUUGUGCUCGGGCUAUAACCACGAAUCCCUUUUCACCGAGGCCGGCGACUGUAUACGUACUCUUCAAAAGGAGUGCAACCGAGCCAGGCAAGCAGAGUUCCAGCUCGAGGAGCUUCUGGAGCAAAGUGAGACCCUCUUGAUCUCAGAGCUACGAGGCUCUCAUGGUCUGGAAACUCUCCUUCGCUACACCAGGAGAUGUUGUAUCCUGUCGUCCUAUCGGCUCGAGAUAAUGGAACGUCUUCCCCGUCGCAUUUCAAGAUUAUGUCGGGGAGCCCGAAACAUCCUGACGCGCAUCAAUCGCUUAGAAGAGCUGGUCUUCAAAAUCCAAACACAGCUCUGGGACCCUGAAUGGCGUGCUCGUCAUAUGGAUCAGCAGGAAGUUCUCCAACCUUUGGUUGACAUUCUCGAAUGGGAAUCUCGUCAAUGUGACGGAGUUAAGUAUUACAUCGGUUAUCUGUACGACUACACUCCCUCGAAAGAGCCUCCCAUUCGUCCUGAUUACAGGGGUCCGUGGGAUCCCAACAAUAUCAUAUGGAACCAUUUUUGGUGGUGGUUGUAG